UAAACUUGGUCUUCCCUCUUAUGUCUCGGCAUAGGACACGAAAAAUGGUGACCCAUUUCGUAUUUCAUUCCCAUUCUCUCGAUUUCUUGUAGAUCCAUAAUUCCAACACAUUCAACGCUUCCCCCAUUUCGAAUCAUGGGUGUUUUGGGCGAUUCUCUGUGUUUCUGCAAAGGGGUCGGCAAGUCCGAGAGAAUCAAGGCUGCCAUUUUUUCCGGUAAAGCCCCUGCCAUGGCUCGUAUCUCCCUCCCCGCCGCUGCAAAUGGGGUCUCCGGCACCGCUUUUUUGAUCCAUCGGAGCCUUCUUUUGACCACCCAUAUCAAUCUUCCUUCAGUUUCUGCUGCUGAGACUUGCGAGAUCCGCCUCCAAAACGGUGUCGCUGCCAGCCUUGUUCCUCACAGGUUUUUCAUUACAAGUUCUGUUUUGGAUCUUACAAUAGUGGGAUUAGAUGCAGUGGAUGGAGACUCCAACUCUCAGCAGCUUCAACACUUGAAGAUAUGUUCUAAACCAAAUCUUGAUCUCGGAAACUCCGUUUAUCUCCUGGGAUAUUCCGAGAAGGACGAGUUAAUCAUUAGUGAGGGCAAGGUGGUUAUAGCCACUGAUAACCUUAUAAAGUUGUCGACUGACGGGGUAACAUGGAGUCCUGGUUCUGCUGGAUUUGAUGCACAAGGUAACCUUGCAUUUAUGGUAUGCGAUCCUAUGAAACUAGCCACGUCUCCAAAUACCAAAUCAUCGUCGACUUCUUCGUCGACUUCAUCGUCUUGGAAGAAGGAUCUUCCUAUGCAAUUCGGGAUUCCUCUGCCAAUCGUUUGCGAUUGGUUAAACCAACAUUGGGAAGGUAGUCUUGAUGAACUUAACAAACCAAAGCCACAACUCAUAAGAUUGAUGUCUUCAGGACAAAAGAGUGAGCAUUCUUCAUCCUUCUCAUUGAGGCAAGUUUUUAAGCCAAUGGAGGUGAAUGAUGAGGAAACACCUUCACCAUCAAAUAUAGUCUCAAAAACCAGGGACGUGGCUGGACCAAGCUAUUCCGCUACGUCGAACACCAUCAAGGAAGAGGCUCCAAUAACUAACCUACAUGUGAAUCAUGCACAAGGAAUUCCUACUCCUGAAAUAUACGAAUCACCAAAGCUGAUUGCAGUUCCUGUUCGAAAAAAGGAAAUUACGCCAACACAGCUUCUGGAUAUCAACUUUCCUCCAAGAGUUUCCACUGCUGUGAUUACUCCGCAUCCUACCAGACCAACCCGACUCAGCUCUGAUGAAAAUUCGACAAAGGAUGUUUCUCAACAGAACCAAUUGAGACAAGACAAAACCAUGAACAGAAAACUUGUCAAUCCUGUCGAAAACGGAGAAGAUAGAGAAGAGGUUGCCUCAACAAAUUCUGUAAAUGGAGCGUUAAGUGAAGUUCAGUCUUGUUCAUCUCCCAUGGAAGCUUCAGCGGUGCAGGACGAGUAUAGCAGCGAGGGAGAGAUGACAAUGUACUCUGCAGAAACUGCAGAGAGCCGAAACUAUACAAGUCCUAGAGAAGGGAAGUUUCAACAGGUUGGAAGGAGUCAGAGUUGUGUAAACUACAAUAGAUGGGGAUCAGUCCAAAGAAAUCCAAUGGCUCGCCAGACAAUGCUAGAGAAUCAAAAAAGUUAUAAAAGUGGAAGGAAUAUGCAUUCUCAAGGGGCUGGAUCUUACCGGAGCAAUGACUACUACGGCCCGACAGUCUCCUCGAUCAUGAAGAAGCGAAACAGCUCGGAACAAGUUAACAGACCAAGGCAAAGCUCUGCUGCUGGUCACUCGUCCCCGAGAUGGAUGUUCUGAUAGAAUGAUCAUUCCACACACACAAACAAAGGAAGAAUAGGGAACAAAUAUUAAGGUCUGUCAGUGUAUUUGAUUCCCCUUUUAUUUAAACUUAGAUACGGCUUAGUCAUUUCUUCACUUGUGCAGAGACCAAUUUUCCAUCUACAUUCUUUAUUGUGAUUGUAAAAAUUAAACUAUUGUGACUUAAUUCUUGUUUUGGGGGGAUAAAAGAGUAAAGAACAGAAGAACCAGAUGAAAAAAUGUCUGGAAUUAGUGA